CCGCUCCCUCCUCCCUACUAUAAUGCUAGCUAAGAUGGUGGUUUGAGCGUAAUUUGUCUCAACAAUACCAAGAAAAGAAAGGGGCAAAACAUCUUUACAACCUUUUAAUUACAGCAGAACAGCACAACUACUGUUAUAUUAAGUGUCCAUUUAGAUAAAUUGUGACUUUUCUGUUAGAUUGGCUUUUAGUCCCCGCCCAAUUUGGUGUGACUCCUUUGGAGUGGAAUCCUAAGCUAAAUACGGACAGGCCCUGUGCUCUGUGACCAGCCUCAGUGCCCACUUGUGCUACACCGUAGGAUGUCCCACAGCCCCGAAAUAAAGGACGACCCCAUGGAGUGCCCUCUUUGCAUGGAGCCACUAGAAAUUGAUGAUGUCAAUUUCUUUCCUUGCACCUGUGGCUAUCAAAUCUGCCGCUUCUGUUGGCACCGCAUCCGCACAGAUGAGAAUGGCCUCUGCCCGGCCUGCAGAAAGCCAUAUCCAGAGGACCCUGCAGUGUACAAGCCUCUGUCACAGGAGGAGAUCCAGAGGAUAAAGAAUGAAAAGAAGCAGAAACAGAACGAGAAAAAGCAGAAGGUGACAGAAAAUCGCAAGCAUCUGGCCAGUGUCAGAGUGGUUCAGAGGAACCUGGUUUUUGUGGUGGGGCUCUCGCAGCGACUCGCUGACCCUGAGGUCCUAAAACGUCCUGAAUAUUUCGGGAGGUUUGGGAAAAUCCAUAAAGUGGUUAUCAACAAUAGUACAUCUUAUGCAGGUUCACAGGGGCCCAGUGCCAGCGCUUAUGUCACCUACAUCCGCUCUGAAGAUGCUCUAAGAGCAAUACAGUGUGUCAACAAUGUGGUUGUAGAUGGCAGAACACUUAAGGCUUCUUUAGGAACAACAAAGUACUGCAGUUACUUCCUCAAAAGUAUGCAAUGUCCAAAACCUGAUUGUAUGUAUCUACAUGAACUUGGGGAUGAAGCGGCUAGCUUUACUAAGGAGGAGAUGCAGGCUGGGAAACAUCAAGAGUAUGAACAGAAACUCCUCCAAGACCUCUAUAAAAUUAACCCAGGCUUUCUACAACCUCCAAGUUGUGGAACAGAAAAGUCAAAGAAUAAACCCAACUCCACACAGAGAAGCAACAGUAGUAAUGGUAAAGAUGGGUGGCCAACACUUUCAGGACAUAGCAAGCUGCCAAAUGGGCUUUCAGAAGAUCGCAAGUCUCCUCCGCUUCUAGAUUAUCUAGAUCAAGAAGCUAACAAUUCAGAUGGGCUAGAAACAGAGUUGGGCCCUGGCCAGCUUACGGCCAUGUCCCCCUUUCCCUCCAACUGUGAUAGCAACAGUCCAAAUGAUAAGCCUUCAGAAUCAAUUGGUAUGGUCAAUGGAGAUACUAUACAACAGAUUCCCACCAGUGACUCCCCCUCCCCUCCCCCGGGUCUAACUAAGCCCGUGUUGGUGGUGCCCAUAAGCAUGUCGGACCUCCCGGCCCGCUCGCCCUUUGAGGGUGCAUCCGCUGAGUCUCAGUCCCUCUUUUCAGACAACAGCAACUUCAAACAUCCCAACCCCCUCCCUGCCGGACUGCCCCCUUUCCCCAGCUCCCCCCGCAGCAGUUCUGAUUGGCCCAUGGCGCCUGAACCACAGAGCAUCUUCACAUCAGACACAAUACCAGUGUCUUCUUCUACAGACUGGCAGGCAGCCUUCGGUUUUGGCUCCUCCACCAAGCAGCAAGACGACGACCUAGGCUUCGAUCCGUUCGACGUCACCCGCAAGGCUUUGGCCGACUUGAUAGAGAAGGAGCUGUCGGUGCAAGAUCAGAGCCCCCUGUCCCCCGGGCCCCUCACCCAGGGGGCCAACCACGGUCCAAACAUGCUACAACCCAACCCCAGCAGUUCCCACCACUUCCCCAGUGGCCUGCCACGCUUUCAUCAGCUUCAUCACAGACCCAUGUUCAGCUUCCCCAGCAGUCACAACAGCCAGGCCAAUCAGCAGCAGCCCCCAUCUGCCAGACACCCCUGGAUGGGCUUACCCCCACGAAAUAACAUCACACACUUGAACCACUCAGCUGGAGCUGCCUCACAUAGUAACUUCUUGGACCUGAAUCUGCCCCUUCAGCACAACACAGGGCUAGGAGGGAUCCCCAUCUCAGAAAACAGCGGCUCUAUAGACGGCUUAAAUGUGAAAGAGUGGCAGGACGGCCUCAGAGCUCUUCUACCCAAUAUCAAUAUCAACUUCGGCGGCCUCCCCAACUCCUCCUCCUCUUCAUCCUCUUCGUCCUCCAACAGUGUUAACCACAUCGGUGGGCCUCCGGGGCCAGCAGGCAUUUCACACAGUCUGAGCUGGGACGGCACAGCCAGCUGGAUGGAUCCGGCCAUCAUCACAGGUAGAAAUAGCUGCAUCCCAGCCUCAGCAGGCAACAGUUUAGACUGUCUCCAAGACGACAACCCACCCCACUGGCUCAAGUCCCUGCAGACACUCACAGACAUGGACGGCCCCGCCAGCUCAGCCGUGCCCCCUCCCCAGCCCCUUCACAGCAACCUCCUCGACGGUCACCUCCCCCUCCACCACAGAGCCGCCAGCGGCUGGGCUCCCUACCUGCCAACUCCCACAGCCAACCCAGUCAGCCAGUACCACUCCCCCCCACCAGGCUUCCAGACCGCCUUCAGACCCCCAGGACAGCCCGUCACAGAGCUACUACAGAGUGCGGCUGUGGAUCGCCACUGAGCACAGACUGCAGCAGACACCCAUCCAUUCCCCCCACCACCACGAUCUACCCACCGAUUCUGUAACCCCCCCCCCCCCCCCCCCCCCCCCCCCUCCCAAUGCAAAACACACCAAUCUGCAGAGAACGAAAAUUAACAAAGUAACAAACUUGCUUUCUUCUUUUCUCUUCCUCCUUCCUUCGUGUCGACUCUGAAACCCUGUUUGUUUUUUGUUUUAUGGCACACAAAUAAUCCCUACCCUCCGUCUGCUGCCAUCACCACUCCUUAGGCAUAGUUUUGGGCAUAACACGGGAUUCAAUGUGUAGCUUAGUGUCAUCAGAGAGCGCAAGAAUCGGAAUAGCGUGAAGUGCCCAGUGGUAACACAAAUUAACUCCUCAAACUGGCAAGGAAACAAUUAGCAGAGUGGAGGUCUCUUUAAAAAACAACAACUGAUGAUUAAGCAUGAAAACAUUUUUUUUUUUUGGAAAGUUGAAGUCAGGGUUAGUUUUCAAGACAAGAAGCAAGCUGUGAAUCUGCUCUUUGAAGCUUUUCCCCAAAGAUCGUCGUCAUCCCCACUCUAAAAAGAGACUGUGAAACGGUUCGAACUUACAGAUGUGGUAUAAACUCAAUGACGUAAAAGAAAUCAGAGAAGUUGGCACUUUUUUUCUUUCAAAUAAAAUCAAGAGAAGUUCAGAUUUAGCUUGAGGGUGAAUAGAAGGCAACACCAAUCAGUGGAGGGCGCAGGCUAUGCAUUGGCUCCCUGUUCAGUAGGUGUACAAAUGGCCUGCCUGGAAGGCCACUUUGCUCAUACUCCCUGUAGUGUGGGGCUUCCACUUGCCCCAUCCAGCUGGAGGGAGAUUUCUUUUUUGGUUGCUGAACCUCUGUAUCAGAGGGUGGAGCACAAACCUCAACCACAGGGAGCCACGGCGGUGGGAGAUCUGGCACAAAACCACUAGGAGCCCUAGGGUUAGACUCACUCACAGUGCCACUGUGUGGCACCUCCGGUAGUUAGCCCUAACAUGGACAGCCUCUGCAUCGAUGGGACGGUGACUGAUUGAGAGAAGAUAUCUGCCAGCUAAAUGGGGUUAACGGUUCACGAGGCCUUAAAAAAAAAGGUGAGAAAAAGCUGGAGGCGUGUCUGUGACUGCUGAAAAAAUAUGCAAGCCUGUAUGUGACUUCGGCAGCUGAAUGCGAGCGCGCAUCCCAACAGAAGACGAUACCAAGUACUGUAGAAAGGAAUCAAAUGAGAUCAUUUGCUAGCAAAUCCUUCCUCUGACCUCCACCAUCCCUUUUAUUCUUGUUUCUUUUCUUUACAAAGUCUUAACUCUGAUUCCUGUUGACACUCCCCCCCCCCCCCUUAACAGUAUUUCACAAAAAUGAACAAAGUCGUCCAGCAGAGAAACCAACAGAGUCAUACAGUGGGUUUUAACAUAUUUUGCGAGGAAAAAAAUAAAAAAACAACAACUCGGAGGCGCUUAAAGAACGUGAACUUUCCUCUGCAGGUCUGAAUAAAUGAACCUUAAAUAAACUGAAAACUCAGCUACA